CCGUCCUUUUGGAUUUCUUUUUAAUAAUGUGUGACCCUUCACCUUUGAUCCCCUGACCUGCAUUACCUUGGAAAUUGCAGCUUAUUUAAUAACAUUUGAGAAACACGAAGAAUGGCUAACCACGUCCCCUAAGACAAGACCACAGAAUGGCUCAAUGAUACUCUACAACAGGAAGAAAGUCAAGUACAGGAAAGAUGGGUAUUGCUGGAAAAAGAGGAAGGAUGGGAAAACGACCCGAGAGGACCACAUGAAACUCAAGGUCCAGGGAGUGGAGUGCUUGUACGGCUGCUAUGUCCAUUCCUCCAUCAUCCCCACCUUCCACCGGAGGUGCUACUGGCUCCUUCAGAACCCCGACAUCGUCCUGGUGCACUACCUGAACGUGCCGGCCAUCGAGGACUGCGGGAAGCCCUGCGGCCCCAUCCUCUGCUCCAUCAACACCGACAAGAAGGAGUGGGCAAAAUGGACGAAGGAAGAGCUCAUCGGGCAGCUGAAGCCCAUGUUCCAUGGCAUCAAGUGGACCUGCAGCAAUGGGAACAGCAGCUCAGGCUUCUCGGUGGAGCAGCUGGUGCAGCAGAUCCUUGACAGCCACCAGACCAAGCCCCAGCCCCGAACCCACAAUUGCCUCUGCACCGGCAGCCUGGGAGCGGGCAGCAGCGUGCACCACAAGUGCAACAGUGCCAAACACCGCAUCAUCUCGCCCAAGGUGGAGCCGCGGACCGGGGGCUACGGCGGCCACGCGGAGGUGCAGCACAACGAUGUGUCGGAGGGCAAGCAGGAGCACAGCCACAGCAAGGGCUCCAGCCGGGAGAAGAGGAACGGCAAGGUGGCCAAGCCCGCCCUGCUGCACCAGAACAGCACCGAGGUCUCCUCCACCAACCAGGUGGAGGUCCCCGACACCACCCAGAGCUCCCCGGUGUCCAUCAGCAGUGGGCUCAAYAGCGACCCGGACAUGGUGGACAGCCCCGUGGUCACGGGCGUGUCUGGCAUGGCAGUGGCCUCUGUGAUGGGGGGCCUGUCCCAAAGCGCCACAGUGUUUAUGUCAGAGGUCACCAACGAGGCUGUGUACACCAUGUCCCCCACCGCCGGCCCCAACCACCACCUCCUCUCGCCCGACGCCUCUCAGGGCCUGGUCCUGGCUGUGAGCUCCGACGGCCACAAGUUCGCCUUCCCCACCACRGGCAGCUCGGAGAGCCUGUCCAUGCUGCCCACCAACGUGUCUGAAGAGCUGGUCCUCUCCACCACCCUCGACGGUGGCCGGAAGAUUCCAGAGACCACCAUGAACUUUGACCCCGACUGUUUCCUCAAUAACCCAAAGCAGGGCCAGACCUAUGGGGGCGGGGGCCUGAAAGCCGAGAUGGUCAGCACCAACAUUCGGCACUCGCCGCCCUCCGAGAGGAGCUUCGGCUUCACCAGCGUCCUCGCCAAGGAGAUAAAGACCGAGGACACCUCCUUCGAGCAGCAGAUGGCCAAGGAGGCCUAUUCCUCCUCGGCAGCAGCCGCAGCGUCCAGCUCCCUCACYCUGACCGCCGGCUCCAGCCUCUUGCCGUCGGGCGGCGGUCUGAGUCCCAGCACCACCCUGGAGCAGAUGGACUUCAGUGCCAUAGACUCCAACAAGGACUACACGUCUAGCUUCAGCCAGACAGGCCACAGCCCCCACAUCCACCAGACCCCCUCCCCCAGCUUCUUCCUGCAGGACGCCAGCAAGCCCCUCCCCAUCGAGCAGAACGCCCACGGCAGCCUAAGUGACUCUGGGGGUAACUUUGUGAUGCCCACCGUGAAAACGGAGGCCUCGUCCCAGACCAGCUCUUGCAGCGGCCAUGUGGAGACGCGGAUAGAAUCCACUUCCUCCCUGCACCUCAUGCAGUUCCAGGCCAACUUCCAGGCCAUGACCACGGAAGGGGAGGUCACCAUGGAGACCUCACAGGCGGCUGAAGGGAGUGAGGUCCUCCUCAAGUCUGGGGAGCUGCAAGCCUGUGGCUCAGAGCACUACUUGCAACCUGAGACCAACGGGGUGAUCCGCAGUGCURGCGGCGUCCCCAUCCUCCCGAGCAGCGUGGUGCAGGGACUCUACCCUGUGGCCCAGCCCAGCCUCGGCAACACCUCCAACAUGGAGCUCAGCCUGGACCACUUUGACAUCUCCUUCAGCAACCAGUUCUCYGACCUGAUCAAUGACUUCAUCUCUGUGGAGGGGGGCAGUGGCACCAUCUACGGGCACCAGCUGGUGUCAGGGGACAGCACCGCACUCUCACAGUCAGAAGAUGGGGCGCGUGCCCCCUUCACCCAGGCGGAGAUGUGCAUCCCCUGCUGCAGCCCCCAGCAGGGCAGCCUGCAGCUGAGCAGUGCCGAGGGCGGGGCCAGCACCAUGGCCUACAUGCACGUGGCUGAGGUGGUCUCAGCUGCCUCAGCCCAGGGCACCCUGGGGAUGCUGCAGCAGAGCGGACGGGUGUUCAUGGUGACCGACUACUCCCCAGAGUGGUCUUACCCAGAGGGAGGAGUAAAAGUCCUCAUCACAGGUCCGUGGCAAGAAGCCAGCAAUAACUACAGCUGCCUGUUUGACCAGAUCUCAGUGCCUGCAUCCUUGAUUCAGCCUGGGGUGCUGCGCUGCUACUGCCCAGCCCAUGACACGGGUCUUGUGACCCUACAAGUUGCCUUCAACAACCAGAUCAUCUCCAACUCGGUGGUGUUUGAAUACAAAGCUCGGGCUCUGCCCACACUCCCUUCUUCCCAGCACGACUGGCUGUCACUGGACGAUAACCAGUUCAGGAUGUCCAUCCUGGAGCGACUGGAGCAGAUGGAAAGGAGGAUGGCGGAGAUGACGGGCUCCCAGCAGCACAAACAGGCCAGCGGAGGAGGCAGCAGCGGAGGUGGCAACGGGAGCGGGAGUGCAGGGAGUCCAGCUCAGUGUACUUCUGGGACGGGGACCUUGGGGAGCUGCUUCGAGAGUCGUGUGGUUGUUGUGUGUGAGAAGAUGAUGAGCCGGGCCUGCUGGGCCAAGUCCAAGCAUCUGAUCCAUUCCAAGACGUUCCGCGGAAUGACCCUCUUGCACCUGGCUGCUGCCCAAGGCUACGCCACCCUGAUCCAGACGCUCAUCAAGUGGCGCACGAAGCAUGCAGAUAGCAUUGAUUUGGAACUGGAAGUCGACCCCUUGAAUGUGGACCAUUUCUCCUGUACUCCUCUGAUGUGGGCAUGUGCCCUAGGGCACUUGGAAGCUGCUGUCGUGCUGUACAAGUGGGACCGUCGGGCCAUCUCCAUUCCAGACUCUCUGGGAAGACUGCCUUUGGGUAUUGCUAGAUCAAGAGGUCACGUGAAACUAGCAGAGUGUCUGGAGCACCUGCAGAGGGACGAGCAGGCGCAGCUGGGACAGACCCCCAGGAUCCAUUGUCCUCCAAGUGAAGAGCCAAGUACGGAUAGCUGGAUGGCCCAGUGGCACAGUGAGGCCAUGAGCUCUCCAGAAAUAUCCAAAGGAGUCACUGUUAUUGCAAGUACCAACCCAGAGCUGAGAAGACCUCGGUCUGAACCCUCUAAUUACUACAGCAGUGAGAGCCACAAAGAUUAUCCGGCUCCCAAAAAGCAUAAAUUGAACCCUGAGUACUUCCAGGCAAGGCAGGAGAAGCUGCUUUCCACUGCACUGAGUCUGGAACAGCCAAAUAUCAGGAAGCAGAGCCCUAGUUCUAAGCAGUCUGUCCCCGAGACAAUCAGCCCCAGUGAAGGAGUGAGGGACUACAGCCGGGAACUCUCCCCUCCCACUCCAGAGACUGCAGCAUUCCAAGCCUCUGGAUCUCAGCCUGUAGUAAAGUGGAGUUCCAAAGAUCUUUACAUUGGUGUGUCUACAGUACAGGUGACUGGAAAUCCGAAGGGGACCAGUGUAGGAAAGGACACGGCACCUUCACAGGUGCGUCCACGGGAACCAAUGAGUGUCCUGAUGAUGGCUAACAGAGAGGUGGUGAAUACAGAGAUGGGGUCCUACCGUGAUAGUGCAGAAAACGAGGAAUGCUCACAGCCCAUGGAUGACAUUCAGGUGAACAUGAUGACCUUGGCAGAACACAUCAUUGAGGCCACUCCCGACCGGAUCAAGCAGGAGAACUUUGUGCCCAUGGAGUCCUCAGCAUUGGAAAGAACAGAUCCUACCACCAUUAGCAGUACGAUGAACUGGCUGGCCAGUUACCUGGCUGAUGCUGAUCGUCUGCCAAGUGCUGCCCAGAUCAGAAGUGCAUAUAAUGAGCCUCUGACCCCUUCUUCUAAUACCAGCUUGAGCCCUGAAGGCUCUCCCGUCAGUGAAAUGGCUUUUGAGAAACCUACCCUUCCCUCAGCGGCAGACUGGUCAGAAUUCCUGAGUGCGUCCACCAGUGAGAAGGUAGAGAAUGAAUUUGCUCAGCUCACCCUGUCUGAUCAUGAACAGAGAGAACUCUAUGAAGCUGCCAGGCUUGUCCAGACAGCUUUCCGGAAAUACAAGGGUCGACCCUUGCGGGAACAGCAGGAAGUGGCCGCUGCCGUCAUUCAGCGUUGUUACAGAAAGUACAAACAGUAUGCACUUUAUAAAAAGAUGACUCAGGCGGCCAUCCUUAUCCAGAGCAAAUUCCGAAGUUACUACGAACAAAAAAAGUUUCAGCAGAGCCGGCGCGCUGCUGUGCUGAUCCAGAAGUAUUACCGGAGUUAUAAGAAGUGUGGCAAGAGACGGCAGGCUCGCCGGACCGCAGUCAUCGUUCAGCAGAAGCUCAGGAGCAGUUUGCUAACCAAAAAGCAGGACCAAGCUGCUCGAAAAAUAAUGAGGUUUCUACGUCGUUGUCGCCACAGCCCCCUGGUGGACCAUAGGCUGUACAAAAGGAGUGAAAGAAUUGAAAAAGGCCAAGGAACUUGAAGACAUACAGCAGCAUCCCUUAGCAAUGUGACGUUGCUUUUCAGACUGUUUUCAUUUCUGUUUUUAGCAGAGACAUGCAACAACAACACACGCGCACACGCACACACACGCACACACAAUCCCUCUGCAGUUCUGGGGAGAUCAGCUGCAGGAUUUUAACAGGAAUGUUUUGGUCAUUGCAUUUGCACUUUCAUGGACAACUUUUAAUUUGAUCAGCAAGACAUCUUGGAACUCAAUCUUCUGUUGGAUCAUAGGAAAACAAGACACCAGGAGGAACUGAAAGAGGCUUCCUCUUAGGAGGAAGCCGUUUUCCUUCUCAUAUAGGGCUGUAUUCAAACAUCGUGUGGAACUGUACAAAUAUUUAUACCAAAAAUAUAGAUAAGAAAAGGUGGGGAUACACUAGCAACAAAAAAGAAUGCUGAACCUGCCCCUGUCGGUUAUUUCCAAGAAGCUGAAUCUUUGGGAUUGAUUCUCAGUGGAGGGCUUAGAUCAUACAAAUCUUUAUUGGAUCCGUGUGUUCUCAUUUCCUUCACUGUUUUAUUUUUGUUUUGUUGUUUGUUUGUUUUAUUCUCUACAGCACACUUAAUGCAACUUUUAAAAUCUGCAGGUUUUAAUGUCUUGUGGAAAUUUGCAGAGGGGCGGGUGUGUGGUAAACGGGUAAUGCAUGGGAAAUAAAGAGAAACACCUUACAGAAUUUAAAUUUAUGUUCUUGUCCCCACCACCUCCCAAGAACCUGCGAGGAUAGCAUCAUCUUGUCCCUUUUCUCACGUUCAGCACUUUAAUUUUUUUGCCUUACUUUCAUGUGCAAUGAGAAUUAUUUAAGAAUUGGUAAAGCAUGUAGCCUUUUUUAGUGACCUUGGAAACUAGUCAUUCCAAGGAAUCAUAAACCUAGCCUGGACAUUUACCACCUAAACGACCAGUGUGGUGCUGCGUUCUGGCCAGUAAAUCCCAUGUUUUUGGCUCUAUCUCAUCCAAACUAAGUGGUUUCUGUGUAUAUAUAGAAGGUAGAAAUGAAAAGUGAGAAAAUAUUUGAAAGGGAUUAUAUUAAUUGCUAAAUAUUUUAUUCACAAAGGUCAAUAACGUGGCAAGAUAAAAUUAUUUGUAUAGUUUUGUCUGAACGAGCAAGAAAAAAAUGUGGAUGUAUUGUUUGUAUAUAUUGUAUAUAUUAAAACAGAGAUAUGUGCAUGAAAUCAAGAAAAAAGAAAUGAACAAAAGCAAAGCAUUAGUGGCUAUGGUCUGUAAAAUGAAACAAAAAAAACUUUAUUUCACUAUAAGAGUACUUUAUUUUAAAUGUUCUUUAGAAGAACAUUUUGCUAAAGCAUGACUAAACUGCAAAAAAAAAAAAAAAGAGCUACUGUAUCUAGACUUAGGAAAAAAGGCAGAGUAACAUUACUUAAAAAAAAAAAAGGAUAUGUUUACAUUUAAUUUUGGCUACCAGGAGUUUAUUUUAUUUUAUUUAAGAUUUUUUUGCCAAUGGUGCCAAGUAAUGUGAAUGCUAAUAUUGCUGAAGAAAAUUAAGUUACUUUUGCAAAACAGAUAAUCAUAAGAUGAAUCCGUAUAUAGCUUAACACCAUCCACUCACUCCAACAAAGAACACGUAGAAUGAUCAAACCUGACAAAAGGAAUAGUAUGAAAAGUAGAAAAAUGUCACGUUUUCAUAUCUCCUGGAAAUCAGAAAAUACAAAUACAAAUUGCACAAAAAAAUACCUAAAAGUGAAAAAGAUGCAGACCAGCCUYGUAGGGAUGCCACGCUAUGUCACUCUCUCCACACAGUGAGGAGCCAAAGAAAUCUGAUGCUUUUAAACAUUCAACUACUCAAGUCAGAUCGAGAGAAUGAAGUCUGCAUUUGCUGAUGCCAGUUGAAAACCCCCAGGUGGAGUCUGAGGAUCAGUUGGUGUAAAGCUGAGGUGUUUUUACUUGGUUCUGGCUGCCAACUUCGAGUUAAAACUCAAGGCUUGUUGUGAAGCCUAAAAAUAUUCACAAAUAAGCUUUUAAACUGGUGUCUUUGGAAGGAAGAUAGAUACAAAGAGAUUGUGGUAAAAACUGGGGUCAGUGCUCUUGGUGCCUUUUCUAUAAUUGUACUUGUUUUUUAAUUACUUCCUUUCACUGCCAACCUCGAAUUACUGUACAGUAUAUGUCUUUCUGCUUGUGAUCAGCUUUGACAACAGUGACAGCCCCACAGCUAGGAGCCACCUGUACAUUUGUAAACUGACCUGACUCAAUUUUGUUUCUAAAUGUGUGGGUUAUGUUGCAGUCCCCCCGAACACCCACUGUUUGACACAAUUUGACUUGUAGGAGGACGCGGAGUAAUUUAGGAACACACACAAUUGCAUUCGAAACUGGGAACAGAAUGUGAAAGCCAGCUCUUUCAGAAUAUCCUAUAUUAAUACUGCAUUUGGAUACAUUUAUUCCAUUUAUUAUGGUACAAACAACGGAUCUUUUGACCAGAGUAAUGACCUCAGUGGAUUUGCUUUGACCCUCACAUUUAUUUUUUUAACUGUUUCACAUCUACAUUAUUAGCUGAAUAAGUUAGAAAAUUCCAGAAAAUAGAGACUUACAUAGAUUUAGGCGGUUCUCAUGGAGGGAAUAGGAAGUAGGUUCAAAAGCCUACUAUUCCAACUGUGAAUCCUAGGUGAGGUAAAAAAAAAAAAAAAUACACUUCCACUGAAACAAAGCAUUUCUGACCGCUUUUUCUUGGUUGUAAAUCUUAAUUUUGAAUAUAAGAUGAUAGGUAAGCGCAGCUUUCUUGGAUAAUCUGAAUUCCCAAGUGCCAGGAGUAGGGUUUCAUUAUAAAAUUAAUAGCUAAUCUUAUUCUGUCUCCUGAAGAUUUAAUUGCUAUUCUUGUUACCCAUUCGAAAUCAGCUGUACUGUGUGAACGAAAUAAAGACAAUAACACGAACCCCUCUCUGGCUGCACGGUCGCUUAUGGCAGUUCCACACAGUAGUUGGCGCCCAAUGGGGGGUCCCUGAGAUUUGCAUGUAAAACUAGUCUAGAUGUCUUCUUUUUUGUAAGUUUUAUUUUUGUAAUUGUGCAUGUAAAGCAUCAUUGAAUCAAUGGAUCUGUUGAAGAACUCAGCUGCUGGAAACCAUGCAAAAUGUUUUGAAUUGCCCUUAAAAUAUGGAAAAUGUUUUCUGAAUGCUUUAUAUUCUUUCUGCUGUAAAUUAAAAAUGAAGAAAAUUUCCCCA